AAUGGAGCCCGGCAGUCCCAAGAAGAUCCAGUUUGCUGUACCUCCGCUUCAGGGACAGCUGGACCCUCAGGCCGCCGAACAUAUCCGCCGCAGAAGACCGACUCCUGCUACCCUGCAGAUCUACAGACCCGGUUCAGAUGUUGGAGGUCAACAGAACGCCAGCGGGGAGUCGCAGACCUCCGAUGUGUCUCAGAGGAAGCAGAGCACCUACGCCCCUCCAACCAUGAAAGAGCUUCAGCUGGGGGUGGAGCAACAUCUUCUGGGGGCGGGACUCUGUGAGACAGACAACCAGCUGAGCCCAAAUACAGCGCAGGUCUAUGCUACUGCUUAUCCAUGGGUCAAUCACAGUGAGCAAGAGGAAGCCAAUGGGAAUCAGACAUGUUCGCUGUUAGCCAAUCACGAAAGAGAAAUGGCAGAGAGCAACAGUUCAGGGGACCUGUCAUGCACCAAAAGUAAGGAAGCGCCCAGUCCUGACUCCAUCUCCCGAUAGCUGCCUUUCGUCUGACUUCACUUUCAUCCUUUUAUCUCUCAAGAACCAAUUUUUCACCUUGUCUUGCUUUUCCUCUUCAUGUAACACACUGCUAAAAUGCACUGCAACAUUUAGAAAUGCUUUAUUUUUGA